AUGUGGAGUUUAAGGCUCCGACCACUGCAAAGGCAGUGGGCUCCAACUCACUGUCGAGCUCUGUCGAGCUUCAGAAGCCACGGCAGUCGGCGUGGCCCCCGCAACAGUAUACAAAGACCAGACCUCAUACAGACCUCGAAGAAGGUUGAACCAUCGUCACAUCCCGAACCUGCCGCUCCCGAACCUCAAGAUGCCUACAAUCCAAAUUACGACCCUUCACAAAACACUCUACUCUCUCCCGUCUACCUGCCAGAAGACCCCAAAGGCGUGCUGAAAGAAAACCACCCGGCGAUUUCAAUAUUGGCGAACUCGGGAGUUGUCGUACAGCGACAACUUGAGAUGAUGAAUGUCAUGAUUGGCUUCGAACAAGCAAAUAAAUAUGUCAUCAUGGAUGCGCUGGGAAAUCAUAUUGGAUAUAUGGCAGAACAAGAAAAAGGUAUGGCAAAUGCUAUGGCGCGACAAUGGUUCCGUACCCAUCGGAGCUUCGUGACACAUGUAUUUGACCGACAAGAAAACGAGAUUCUUCGAUUCAAUCGUCCCUUCUCCUACAUCAACUCCAAGAUCCGAGUAUAUGAUCCUCUUGAUAAAACCCCUACGUCCCCCUCUUCAUCUACGUCUCUGCAAGGCGUGACGCCUGGGUCUCUCACCCAGCCUGGCAUCACAUCAAAUGCACGGGUAUCGUCACUCGAUCUUAAUGAGAUGCAAGUCAUCGGUGAAGCCCAGCAGCAGUGGGCACCUCUACGACGCAAAUACAAUCUUUUCACCUACCACCAGUCUCCGAACUCAGCGACAGACAUGGGAAUGCAAACUUUCCCCUUAUCCGGGUCUCAACUAUCGCAGGGGCAACAGAUGCAGCUUGCGCAAACAUCUGACCAUGGCCAAGGCGAAUUCAAUCAGUUUGCCUACGUUGACGAGCCAUUCCUAUCAUGGGACUUUUCGUUGAAGUCGGCAGACAACCAGUUGAUCGGAUCAGUUAACCGCGACUUUGCGGGCUUUGCUCGCGAGUUCUUCACUGACACCGGUGUUUAUGCACUGCGAAUGGAUUCUGCGGGCCUAGGUGCCCAGGUACCAGCCGGCCAUCGUGAUAAGGUUCCCGGAAUGACCCUGGACCAACGUGCUGUCAUGUUGGCUACGGCUGUAAGUAUUGAUUUUGACUACUUCAGCCGCCACAGUGGCGCCGGUGGGUUUGGCUUCAUGCCACUCUGGUUCCCCGGUAUGGGCGGCGAAGCUGCGGCCGGGGGUGCAGCAGGUGGUGCAGCAGCGGGAGGUGCAGCUGAAGCUGGGGCAGUUGGUGAAGCGGCUGCUGGGACUAUUGGGAGAGCCGGGGCCGCUGGUGGUAUGACGGAUGGCAUGGCUGCGGGCGCCACUGGCGCAGGUGCAAUGGCUGGAUAUGAAGCGAUGCAAAGAGGUCGCGGAGGCGAUCAAAAUGCUGCAUCGCCUGACCAGCAACAAUCGCAGCCAAUGGACCAGGACUCACAGGGCUUUUACGAUGAGCCCCAGGAUCCCUGGGGCCAAGAUGAUCCCUGGGGUGAUGCAGGAGGUGACGAAGGAGGAGGCGACGAUUUCGAUUGGUUUUGA